GGAGCUGUCCUCUCAGCACCAUGGGACACACCUCUCUUCAACUGCGGAGGAAAGCAGGAAACCAGUAUGUGACUCUGUCGUCAAAUGAUUUCUGGACUGGGCUCUGUUAUUUUUCAGCAUCUGGAGAAUUCUGAACUAUGCAAACUUGUAAGAAGCCGUCCACAUCGCUGUUACGUGACUUGAGAGGAAGUACAUAUCUUCUCGAUCCUUUUCCGAGUCCACGGAUUUAAACACAACCACGGAUUUAACAUGAGCAUCAUAUCUUGGAAAUGUGUUUUUUAUUCUGUUGUUUUUAGUUUUCUUGUCAUAUUUUUGGACACAAGGACAGGUGCAACAUUGGAAGGUUCCGCUAUGGGACACCUAAGUCUACCAUACAGUCAGGAGCCUGAAAUGUUUCUACGCGUUGUUCGCGUAUCUGAUGUGAAGGUAUCUCGUGAAAGCCACACAGUUAUUUCUCGACAGAAAAGGAACAUCCUUUUCCCAAGUGGAGUCAAACUGUGCGCGCAAGAGACUGCUCAGCAGGUUGUUGCAAACCAUCUGAGCUACUUUCAUCUCAGAGUGUGCCAGGAGACCAUAUGGGAGGCUUUCAAGAUCUUCUGGGACCGCCUGCCAGAGCAAGAAGAGUACCAGAGCUGGAUGAGCCAGUGCCAGGAGGGUAAAGUCACGGCACAAGAUAUUGGCAGCUACUUCAGCCAAUCAGAUGAGCACCAGGCUCUGGUUAAAAAGAGAAUGUCUCUGCCAGGCUUGAAAAGUGAGCCCACCAGGCCCUGGCAGCAUAUGUGCAGCACACCAACGCCAGACACAUCAGAACCUGCUGAAGCUCCUGAGCUAGAAGACGAAGCUAAAGGAGAGGGGGAGGAGAGAGCAGCCACCAUCGUCCCAGAGGUGGAGAGUACACUGGACAAUGACAUUGCUGUGCAGCCUCCCACACCCACUGCUCUGGAGCAGGUGGUGGAGCUCAGCAUCCUCCUGACCGGUGAGAUGUACAGCGACGACCUCGAGGAUCCAGCCAGCCUCCAGUUCCAAUCACUCAGCAGACAGCUCGCUGAAAAGAUAGAGGAUGCUCUGGAGGGGCUCCCUGGAUUUAAAAGUGUGUCUGUCCUGGACUUCAGGCCCCAGAAGGACACCCAUGGACUGGAUGGUGUGAUAGUGGACUAUGCUGUCACAGUGGUGGUAGAUGGAGCAGGGGUGAGCACUGACCAGCUGGACUACCUGACCUUGCAGUCGAACCGAGUGGAGAACUCAUACCGUGAGGUCAAGGAGCUCCCCACAGUGGUGUACACCAUCAGCGAGGUCAAAAAGUUUGUCACUGAAGCCCUGCAUAACACCGAGCUGGAGAGUGUGUCUGAGGUCCCCGGGCCUGUCAACGAUGCAGACGGAGCCACGGUCAAUGUUGUUGGUGAGCCACAAGAGUCCACGAUCCUAGAAGAGGACACCAAAGAUGACGUCCUGCCUGAACCGUCUGAAACCAACGCAGUGGCAACGAUGGAAAAUGACGUGAUUGUUCUGGAGGAGAGUACUCUUGUAUCCCCUGGUCCUGCCCUGACCACCAGUGCACCUGCAGCUGACAGCAUUGAGGAGGAGGGUCUGCUGCUGGAGGACACUUUGCAGAGUCCUGCUCUUCCAUCAGAGGAGCUCCCAGCUGAACUUCCCUCCUCUGAGCUGCCAGAGGAAGUCACACUACCUGAACCAGCAGUGGAGAUCGAGGCUUCCGGCUCUGGAACGGUCAACCUGGAGGACCUGCUACGACCUGCUACAGCCAGAGAAGAAGAAGACGUCUCUCUUGAGGCAACUGCCUUGGAAGACGGACUGAUAACACAAGAUGUUGCUGUAGGUGUGGAUGCUAUAUCUGAAGCUGACACAAAGGAAGCGGGGCAGGAGCCUACUGCUGCAGGCAAGGUGAUUGUGGAAGAAAACAAUCCUGCUGAAGUUGUUGUGAAUGAGGCAGAGAUUCCACAGGCGCUGGAGAUCUCCACAAUUGCAACUGAGACCACAGAAGAAAUAGGCCUUCCUGCUGUAGUCCCACCUCCUGAGGCUGUAGAUGUAGCGAGUGAAGCAUCAGAGCCAGAGGCAGAAGAAACAGAUCUGCUUCCUGGUGGUGAAGACUUGCUGGAGGGGACGACUGAAGAUUUACACCUCCCAGUUGUCCCACCCGCAGAUGAGGAGGUAAACCCAGAAGAUGCAGCCAUAAAUGUGGUGUUUGCCAAUCCUGAACUAUCUGAAAAUGGCGAGGAACCUGUAUUUGAAGAUCGUGGCGUGGAGGAAGCAACGGAGAGCGAGGUGAGGGAAGACCCAGAAACACCCGAAGCUCCGGUUGUAGAAGCUCCUAAGAUCUCAACAGAAGAUCUCACAGAGGAUGAGAUCUUACUGGUGAACAAGGAUGAACCAGAACCAGCGAUAGAUUCUUUGAGCCCUGCCCAACCGACUGCCCUGUCUCCAGAGAGGGAGUCGCCUUUUACCCGUAUCUCUGACGUUAACCCUGCCUCUGAUGGGCACCCUGACAUUAUCAUCCCUUCACUGGUGGAGAUCUACACCUCUAAUGAGGGCUUGGAUGAUGCCACCAUUGGAGACCAGGACUAUGACGUGAUUCAUUAUGGUUAUGGUUUGACUAACCACACAGAGGAGGGAAGCACUGGAUUCCCCUUCGGUGUGGCACACGGCACAGACCAGGCCAGUAUCGCCAUGCCCGUGAACCCUGGACGAGCACUGAUGGUGUUCUUCAGCCUUAGGGUGACCAACAUGAUCUUCUCAGAGGAUCUCUUUAACAAGAGCUCCCCAGAGUACAAAGCUCUGGAGCAACGCUUUCUAGGACUUGUGCCCUACCUGCAGUCCAACCUGAGUCACUUUGAGAACCUGGAGAUCCUGAACUUCAGGAAUGGGAGCAUCGUGGUCAACAGCCGGAUGAAAUUUGGGAAACCUGUGCCUCGUGGCGUCACCACCACCGUCUAUCUGAUCCUGGAAGAUUUCUGUAACACAGCCUACCAGACCAUGAACCUGGCCAUUGAUAAGUACUCGCUGGAUGUCGAGUCGGGUGACCAGGCCGACCCCUGCAAGUUCCAGGCCUGUAAUGAGUAUGCGGAGUGUAAGGUGAACAAGUGGUCGGGGGAGGCAGAAUGUGUCUGUAACGCCGGGUACUUCAGCGUGGACGGCCUGCCCUGUCAGAGCAUCUGUGAGCUGCAGACUGACUUCUGCCUCAACGACGGCAAGUGUGACAUCAUCCCCGGCCAGGGAGCCAUCUGCAGGUGUCGCGUUGGGGAGAACUGGUGGUACCGAGGAGAACACUGUGAGGAGUACGUAUCUGAGCCACUGGUGGUCGGCAUAGCAAUCGCCUCUGUGGCUGGCUUCUUGCUGGUGGCGUCCGGGGUGAUCUUUUUCCUGGCCAGGACGUUACGGGAUCAGUAUGACAAGGAUGAGUCAGAGGACCCCAUAAGGCGAGCGGAGAGUCUCCCAUCUCUGGAGAGGGCGACUAAGUACAAUCCCAUGUAUGAGAGUGAGGCCACCACAGGCUAUAGCCACUACUACCGCCGCUAUCCUGAAGCUCCAGUCUACAGCAGUGCCAGCGCUGAGGCCUCCACUGACUUCAGCAGUGAGGAGAUACGACACAUCUAUGAGAACAGUGAACUGACCAAGGAGGAAAUCCAAGACAGGAUACGCAUCAUUGAGCUCUACGCUAAGGACCGGCAGUUUGCAGACUUUGUACGGCAGCAUCAAGCUGUCCUGGAUACCCGCAGAGAGAGCUCCUCUGCACAGACAUGAAUCUCUGCUGUGAACAACAAGAAACAUGGCUCAUGUUUUAAAAAAAGUGAAACUCCCUGUCAAGGCUUUCUUCUUCUUGGCCAUGGUUCUCCGAGCCUGGAUUGCCCUGUUUAAAAGGACUGUCAUUCAGUACACUGUUAUUUUUCUCUCUCUGCGUCUGCAUCUGUUCCUGCCUGUGUGGGCAGGGGUAUCUGCUGUUUUUCCUCCUUCCUCUGUGCCUUCUCUUGACUCGGUGAGCUGGCUGUUACAUCAAGGGACAUGUUUCACUGCUCACCUACUGGACACCUUCCUCUGGGGAAAGCUGGAUCACUAUCCUAUU